UUCCUUCAGUCCCUUCAACUAUCUCGCCUCGCUAUGUGUCAUUUAAAUCCUCUGCGAUAUUGUCUAGUCCCAGUAGCUACAACAUUUGCUGGUGUUACGAGAACUUACCAGCUUGCCUACUGCCAUACUGUUUUAGAGCGCAACGCUCUGCGAAAACUAGCCACAGUAUACGGCCACGACAAAUGUAUGCCCGAGGAGACGCUGGAAUCGUUUUUCCCAUUUGAUCCUUAUUUGCUAAAGCUAUCAAGCAAGUAUAUUAAGAACAAUUACAUGGUUUACCAGUGCAAUGAUAAGGACUAUAUGGAUGGCUCUACCAACGAGCCCAUUUCUAGAAAACUCUGA